ACCCUCCAACUGCAGACUGCUUUUCAUGUUGAGACACCUCCUUGUCUUUGUCUCUCCCAGCAGGCUCUCAGAAGCUGCUCCAAACACCAACAAAAGUUUAUAAAUGGAAGUGGGAUACUAUAGGAGCAGUCCGGAGGAUUUCCACAAAGGUCACUAUCAAAAUGUCCUAAAGAAACCACCAGGAGACAUGGACUCUCCUGAGUUUUCCCCACUGUCGUUGCUGAGGGGAGACAUUCAAUCUGAGAACUACAUCCAGCCUCAUUAUAAGGAGUCAUAUCGCCUGGCCAUUGAUCGCCUGGUGCACAAGGGCAGAGACAGUUACCAUGAGUUUCUCAAGGAAGAACGUAURGGGACUUUCCUUUCAGAAGAUGAGCUGCACUUCAUCACAGCUAACGUCAAACAUCUGCCUCAAAACUUUACAGAAGAAAUCACCAGUCCAACAGUCACCCACAAGGACGACCAGUCGUCCUCGGGGACGUACUGGCCUGUCCACUCAGACGUGGAAACGCCCUGUUUGGACUUAGGAUGGCCGGAGGUUGUGCAUGAAAAUCUCCACACAAGUAUUAAUCUGCUGUUCCACCCACCCAGGCUAAACAACCCCACCAUAAAAGAUGUGAUCCGGAAGCAAAUACAGGAUGCAAGAAAGGUGAUUGCCAUUGUGAUGGACAUGUUCACUGACGUAGACAUAUUCAAAGAAAUUGUGGACGCUUCCUUACGAGGAGUUUCCGUCUACAUCGUUUUGGACGAUUCUCAUCUGAAAAGUUUCCUGAAAAUGGCCGAGGAGCAAUCAAUCAACCCACAACACCUGAAAAAGAUGAGGCUGCGCACCGUGAAAGGUCCGGAGUACCUCUGUCGAUCAGGAGCCAAAUUUCAUGGAGUAAUGGAGCAGAAGUUUCUUUUAGUUGACUGCCUCACAACAAUUUAUGGCUCAUACAGCUUUGCCUGGUCUUUUGAGAAGAUCCAUCUAAGCAUGGUUCAGGUCAUAACUGGACACCUUGUGAAGUCCUAUGAUGAGGAGUUUCGGACACUUUAUGCCCAGUCGACUUUGCCAGCUGAACUCAGUGCACCGGAAGGGCUGUUCUACAACAGCUGGCUUCACGACCAACAAAAGAUAAACAACUUUAGUUCUGCACCAAAGAUCGGGCGAAGUAACCAGCUCGGGUAUUCGUCGGACUUCAUCAAUCGGAAAACCUCCGGCAUGAAAUUUGGCACCAGAGAUCUGAAGGAGGAAGGGAACAUGCUUGGGCCUUUAAUUGAAAAUGAUACCAGUCUUCAUUGUCAUUUGCCCCAGUUUUACCAAACUGAAUCUGAAGAGUUAAAUAUGCUAAAAAGGCACAGCUACGCUGGUGAAAGACAAGAUGGAUACUCUUCGCAUAACAUCAGGCCUAGAGCGAGCAACUGGAACAUAACCAAAGACACAAGAAACGGACUGAAUAACUACUCAAUGGAUAACUAUUUGCAAACACCACAGAGAUACAGAGGGCAAAACAUGCGUCAGUCUUAUAAUGGCAUCGACAAGCAGGGACUGUGCAUGCAGCAGAACAUGCCAACACUGGAGAACACAUCGAAGGCAUUUAUGCGCACAUGGAGGAUCGAAUCUUACCUUAAAAACCCAGAGGCUCCAUCUCCAGAUUCCUUUGACUACUUAGAACAGUUUGACACCCCGGACAAGGCRGGUUCCUUCAUGCAAGGAAGGAUGAGGAGCUCUCUUGCUCUCAGGUCCACCAUACCAGAGCAAAUGGAGCCAAGCAGACGCAUGAACAACUCUUCCGCUGCUCUUGGCCUCGCAGCAGUCCACAGCACUUCUUUGCGCUACUCUUCGAUGCAGUGGGAUCCGACGGCAACACCUGGGCACCGAUUACACUCCCACGAGUUUAUGCCAAAUAACCCAAGUCAUCAGAUUCUGGAUGACUUUCAGGACAAUGCAGGCUAUAGCCCUGGAGGAAACUCCUACCUCCCUACGUAUGCCAGCCUGGGCAGACCUAAUCACGGACAGAUAAUCACAAGCCCCGACAUUCUGACAGAUGACUGGCAGAAAAGGCACAGCGUGGCAGAUCCCCGCUCAAACCCUGAGCAUGCACAUCAAUACUCAGGUCACUUGUAUGGAAAUGCUGUAAGGACACAAGUAAACAGAAGCACAGCAGAGUUCGGGGCACAGGUUGGAGAACACAGGUCAACUCUGAAUGAAGAUCAGAGAUCUGUCUCCCACUAUGAUGUCAAGAGCAUCACAGACACAAAAGAUCCUUCGAAUCCCAUUUGGCAGGAGCCACCAUCCAGGACUGUGUCUGCAGCAGCCCUGGACCUGAAAACAAAGGAUUUAACAAAUAAAUCCAACAGUUCUCUAAAAGCCAAUUCUAAAAUAAUAAAAUCUUUGUUGAACAUACCGGAGAGAAAAGAGAACCCCAUCAAAACCAGUGAAACGCCAAGUUUGUGUUCGGGCGACAGCUCCGACACCAUCACAGCUGAGGACGAGGAGACGAGCCACCGUGACAAUAAAAGUCACCAAACCAAACAUCAGGCAACCACCUCUGUCAAGUUCUCGUCAAAAUUUUCAAAGCCUCUUUUCAAAACCGAGAAGGCCCAAAUUUCGCCACAGAACUCUCUCACCAAAUCUUCCUCCUGGAAAAAACCUUCCAUCCUUGAGAAAAACUCAAAGCCCGCAGCGGAAAACCGUUCACACAGCACGCAUGAGUCAUCCUCCCCGUUUGAAAAGAGAAGCGCUCGGCCCAGCAGUUUGCGGCGCAGUCUGUCUCAGGACAAAUCCAAAGGCUGUUCUAAAGGCGAGGCGGCUGCUGAACAGAGCUUCACUCGGGCUGCGCGGGGACAACAUGAAAACAAGCUGGAGAAAUUCUUUCAAAGAGUGGGAAGUCUUAUACACAAGAGCAAAUAGUGAGUUUCAGCAGGACUCACCAUCCACACAGGUCACAUUUAAGUCAUGCUCCUUUGAGUUGUACUCUUUCUGUGUUGCACUGGUUGGUUCUUUAUCUACAGAGUUUACAUUUGAACUUCUGCUUUUUUUGUUUUGCACUCAGAUGCACUGAAGAAAACCUCUAAAAACAGAGAAUAUUUUGUACUAAUACAACCUGAAAAUUACCCUUAAAACCAUGGACGUGCACAGGCCAGGUGGUGCUUGAGCACCUGCCCUUUUCCCUCCGGACCAUCAAGUGCCCCUGUCGAAACUGCCCCCUUUUUUAAUGCUCCAUCUGUUGGUUGCACUUCUUAUUAUAAUAGUAUUAUUAAUAAUAUUGCCUUCACACCCUCCCUUCACCACACACACGUGCAUGCCUGCAGCACUCCUGUGCGCUGUUGCUCAGUCAGCUGUAACGCGCAGCAUCGCAGCCAUCGUGUUAAAAAAUAAAAAUAUCUAAACACUGCACAAGAAAACGACUCUGAUUUAUGCAGAAUGUAAUGGAAACUAUGCAAAAAAUAAAAAUAAUAUGAAAAUGUAGCAAAAUACUAACUGGAAAAUGGGUGAAGUCAGUGAAAGAUGCAUUUUUUCCCCCUGAAGAAAAACACAACAUGAAGCAACACUGUAAGAGAUUCACAAAAGAAACCUACAGAAAUCUGCCUGUCAGUCUGUGGACAGACAGAUAACAGCACAGAUCAUCUGGACUAUGGAUUUGUGUUUUUUUUUCAUUACGAUAAAAUAAAAAAUGUUAAACUUUAAAUAUGUUUAACCAAAGUUUUUUGCUGAUAAAUUUUAAAAUGUAUUUAAUAAAAAAUAAAUAUAUUUUUUCUUAAAUGCCUUUAAAAAUCACUGUUGUGCAAAAACUACCAAAACAGAGAAGAAUGAAUGUGGCCACAUUGGGGAUGUGUCAUUGUCCCUCAAAAGCAUCGUUUUUGUCCCACAGAAUCUGGCCACCGUUUUCACCCCAAACCUCAGAUGCUGAAGUUGAACUUCACUUCCUGUUGUCUGUAAUGAUAAUUAGGGUAAAUGUUAUGAAAUAAAGUUUGAAUUUUUCAGUACUCUGUGACUUUAGUGUGUAAAGAGAAUUCGAAUUCUCUUUUCAUUUUAAUGUUGAACAUGGAAUAAUGAAUGCCUAUGAUGAGUUAUUUUUACAUUUAAUCUUAAUUUGUUAGGUUAUGUGURUUCUAAAUGCAGCAUAAACCAUGAUUUGGAAAAUAAAAUUAGUAUUAUAAGAAUAAUUUGUUAUGUAGCAUUGUUUUAAUAAAAAUUUGACAGAGAUUGGCCUGAACUAGUUUAUAGUUUUGGUCCCCAUGUGAAUUCGACCCCCCAGUGUUAGAGUGUUACAUUUUGGCCAUGCCAGUAAUUUAAGAGUCUUAGUUUAAAUGCUGUAAUUUAUUGCACUGACUUUUGUCACCAAGCAGUUUUAGCUAAAUAAAUAUAUUUCAUACUGAUAGCCUUUUAGGCAGCUGCUGUAGAGAAGCAGAAUGYUGUCCUGCAGGAGGACAUCUAUGAACAKGGAAGGUGAGGGAGACAAAUCAUUGGAAAAUAUCAGUCAGACACAGAUAAAGCUGAAAUGUUAGAAUUCAAAGCAUUGACAGAAACAACUCUCUGAUGAGAGAGAUGGAAGGACGAUCCUGCAUACAACAAGAAAACCAUUAACUUUGUGAAAAUAAACUUUAUUAUAGGAGGUUAUUUUUAAAGUACRAACUGUGMUUACUAGUUUUGGUUUGUUGUUACCAGUUUGUUACAGAAASCAACCCGUAGGGUGUUGAAUWUUAAACAUYURAAUSAGACAGAAUAAAGCUACUGAUUUAAAAUAUGAUAGAURAAKAUGCAUGACAUGACAAGAUGUGUCUGUAAUAAAUGUCACUUUACUAGGACAGCCCGCGAUUCUGUGCACCACACAAGGUGCCCUCUUUUUCCACUUGAGCACCUGCCCCCCAAAAUGUUUGUGCACACCACUGCUUAAAACCCAUCAUUACUGGUUUCCUCUUCCAUAAAUUCAGAAGCUUUCAAAGAAUGUAUGGGAUGUUGUUAUAAAAUGUAAUAUAUAUUUAUACUUAUAAGCACUUUUCUGUUACUGUAAAUGUGUAGGCUGUACAUAUCAAAGUGCUUUUAGUGUAGGAUGUUAACAGCAACUCAAGGUGAAGGUAUUGCUGUCGGCACACAAGCUGGCAGUCACUGAUUCUGUCAAUUGUGUUCCGGAAAAAAGUUGUACAAUUGCUACACAGGCUGCAGUUAUGCUGCAAAACACAAAUCUGUYGUACUUAAUGGAACAUUUUUUUCCCCAUUAUUUCAUUCUGAGUUUAAAAAAGGCACUUUUUAAAGGUUUUUCUCUUUAAAAUAUAUUAGAGAUUGAAUGUUUUUUUGUCCCCCCAGUGUUACUUCCUAAGAUGAAAAUUUAAACGCUCUGUAAUUAAAAUGACAAAUUUACCUACUGAAGCUGCUCACAUUUGUUCAGAUUAUCUUGAUUCAACUGAGAAUCCAACAUUUCAACUGUUUAUUCCACUUUAAUUGCUCCAUAUUGUUUUAUUGACAAACAUUAUCUCUGGUGUGUUUACAGUCUGAGGCAAUGUUCUUUUUUAGCRAACGUACUGUAAUAAUCAUUACUUAUAGCUGUAGUGAACACAGAGUCUGGAAAAUCCCUUUUUAUUUUCAUACAAAAUGCACAUAAUUUUUUUUUAUAAAUUGGAGACUGUAAGAAAAACUGAACUGAUAAAUUUGUAGGUGRAGAAAUAUUUCUGCUGUGUUUUCAUUAAUCAGAAGAUGAAAGCGUUAAGCAUCUGCCAAAGUAAAAGCUUUGUUAUCCAUCAUCCUUCAUGUGCAACACAUUAAUUAGAAUCUGCUGAGUAGUUCUGUGGUUAAACAUAUGUAGCGUUUCUUUGAAUGAAAAUAAAUGAAACAAGGACACUGA